AUGUCGAUCAUCCAAGCCGACACCGACCGCCGACUUUCACCCGAUCUUUCCCACUCCGCUCGGGAUGCGGAACACGGCGGCAAUUCACGUGGCUUCCGCUUCGGGUGA